AUGGCGAUCUUUACUUAUAACAUACGUACGCUUGCAUCGGAAGCGGCCAUCGAAGAUCUGAUGAUGCAAGCUAAGAAGAUCAAGUACGACGUCAUUGGACUGACCGAGACGAGACGACGUCACCCUCUCAACGCCGCAUAUGAAACUGGAGAAGAACUGUUCUUAGGAGCAUGCGACAAUAGAGGUGUUGGUGGAGUUGGCGUCCUCGUCAACGCGAGUAUGGCAAAGAACAUCGACUCUUUCGAACAACUUACGACCCGAAUCGGACGUCUGCGGAUGAGAAAAUGUGGUCCAGCGCCAGCUUUGACUAUCUUUGUCGCUUACGCUCCAACAUCAAACUACGAUGAAGAAGAAGUCGAAGCUUUCUAUAUGAACCUGGAGAAGUUCUAUAGAGAAGAUCAUGCCUUCUACAAGGUCAUAAUUGGCGAUUUCAACGCUAAAGUUGGCCCAAGAAGAAUGCUGGAGGAACUUUACAUCGGGACCCACGACCUACAAUAG